GUAGCCUAAGUGGAAGAAAAUUUGGCGGGAGAAAGAUAAGCUUGACUUUCUGCAGAUUUUCUCACGUUUCUCCCCAAAAUGGUGUCCGAAUCGCAAGGAUCGGAAGACCUGACGGUUCCUGGUGACUUCUUUAAGGAAGUGAAGUACUUCUUAUGCGGCAACAUCAGCGAUCAGGUACAGAAAUUGUUGCGCCAGGGUGGUGGGAAGGAGUACUCGUACCUGACGGACCUCGCUACGCACGUCAUCGCAGACAACGAAGAUUACCCAGAAGUCAGCGAGGCGAGAGAGGUGUACGAUCUCCCUGUCGUUACGCCCAAAUGGGUGACCCUGUCAGCCAGAUGUGGACGUCUUCUACCUCACAAGGCAUUCACUCCAGAGGACAACAAACUCUUCUCAGGUCUAGUCUUAUGUUUGUCACAGAUUCCAGAAGAGGACCGUAAGGCACUGUGGGGAAUGGUGACCUUCUAUGGCGGGAACUGUCAACUGAACUUUAACAAGAGAUGUACACACUUAGUCACACCCAAACCUGAGGGGGCAAAAUAUGAAUGUGCACUAAAACACACCAAAAUCAAAGUUGUCACGCCAGAUUGGAUUGUCGACAGUCUCGCUCAGAAAAAACAACAAGAGGAAGAAAAAUACCACCCCAGGCUUGUCAUCAAGGAAGAAAAGAAAGAACCUCCCCCAGCCAAUCUAGAAGAAGAAGAACCCAUGGACACUCUCCCAUCCUCAGCCAAUCAGGGUGAAGCAAUGCUAGGACUUGACCAAUCAGGACUGAGCUUAGAUGGGAAGAAGAAGUUGGAGGCACCAAGGUUGUUGAAUCUGUUGAACAAGAGUUCUUGUGAUCAGACCCCCCCUGAUCACAGGUCACUUGGUAGGGUCCAGUCGCCGUUGCUUACCAACAGGAGAAUCCGAGACAUCACGAACAGUGGUCACAUCGACGCAAGUGGAACGAAACUUGUUCUCAGUCCACGUGACUCUACCAAGGUUCACGAGACUAUCCAGAUCUCCCAGCUCGAUGACACCCCUCCCUACCUGAAGGGGGAUGGGGAGUUACUGGAAUAUCAUGGUCAUGAUCCCAAGAUAAACGUGCCUCCUGACACCUGUCUGCUGGGCUGUAUCUUUGUGAUAGUUGACUACCAGGAACAGGUGUUACCUGCACAGCUGGAGACUUGGACUAGGGUGGUGCACCAGCAUGGUGGUUUUGUGGACCCUGGCUACUCCCAGCGGUGCACCCAUUUACUGUGUGACAACCAGGCUAGCCCGUUCUUCAAACAAGCCCAGCAGGACGGUAAGAGGUGCGUAACAGCGUACUGGUUGAACGAUGUCCUCACCAUUAAGAAGAUGAUCCCACCGUGGAAAGCUCUACACCUGCCUACUCCAUUCCCACACAGCAUCAAACCAUGCAACGGACAGAUUAUUGCAGUGACAGGGUUUGUGGACCAGGACAGAGAGAACCUGAAGAUGAUGAUAUCCCUGGCUGGGGCCAAGUACACGGGCAGCUUCAGUCGUUUCAACACAGUACUCAUAUGUAAAAGGCCUGAGGGAGAGAAACACAAGAAGGCACUGGAGUGGAGGACGCCAUGUCUGAACGUCCAGUGGCUCAGUGACAUCAUCCUGGGAAACUUUGACGCCAUCAAACAGAUGGGGCUGCCCAAGUACCAGAACUUCUCCGCUAGCGAACCUUUCCAGCUGGACUAUCACUAUGUUAAAGCUGUCAUGGGCCCUUGGACGACAGCAUUGCAGCUAUCCCAGGAUGCAUUGCAGAACCUGAGCAGGAACCGCGUCCUCUUCACGCCAUCUCCGCCCAAGUCGAAGCGGAAAGGUUCCCAGGACGGGAACGGGACCAACAAACGACAGAGAAACGAACCCAUCAAGCCGUACAGGAGACUUCCUCCCGAGAAAACUCCCAGGGUGCUUUUCACCGGUCUGGACAUUGCAAGUGUCAACGACCUCACAACGAAAGUGCAGCUGAUUGGUGGAGAGAUUGCAGAGAACAUCCACAAGUGCACCCACCUGGUGUCCACCAAGGUGCUGCGGACGGUCAAGUUCCUGUCAGGUGUCUCCAGCUGCAGGUUCAUCGUCUCACCUGCCUGGGUGGAGGACAGCUUCAAGCGCAGGUGCUUCGUGGAGGAGAAGAUGCACACCCUGGUGGAUCAGGAACAGGAAGCCCAGUUUGGUUUCAGUCUGGCGGAGUCUCUGGCCAGGGCACGGGUCCAGAAACUGUUCAAGGACACUUGCUUUUACAUGACCCCAAACGUCAUCCCCAGACUGGACAUGAUGAAGACCAUAGUGGAGGCAGCAGGGGGGAAGGUCAUAGGGACCAAACCUGCAGUUAACAGGGUGUUGGCCUCACAGCAGAGACAGGGUUCACCCAGAAUUUUUAUCAUAACAUGUGAGAGUGAUGUACAGAUGUGUGCAGACUAUGCCAGUAACAAUAUCGAUGUCUACAGUGCUGAGUUCAUCCUUACAGGGGUGCUGUGUCAAAAGAUGGACUUCGAUUCUUACAGGUUUUAAUUCUUUUGAUGAAGGAUAGCAUUUGUAAAUUUUGGGGCAAGUUUGGUACUUGUUGUUACGGUAGGAUGUCCAUGUAAGAUAUCAGUAACCUAUUAAGGGCUUGCUUGUAAACUUGCGGAUAUUUGUACACAGUAUUUACAUGUACAUUCCAAAACAACGUAUUUGAACAUAUAUAUGAUGAGAUGAAUUACAUUCUCUGAACCUAUAAUUUUGCUGCAUAACGUGGAUAAUGGUAAAUGUUGUAUUCA